AUGGAAAGCAGACAUGUUCAUUUGUUAUUAUUAUUAUGUUACAUGUUUUGUGUUUUGAUUCUUACUAGUGCUGCAGAUAAUAUACCUAGAGAUGAACCUUUAAUAGAUGGAAAAACGAUUGUUUCGUCAGGUGGAAAUUUUGAGUUGGGAUUUUUCUCCCCAACUCCAACAUCGAGUAAACGAUACCUGGGAAUAUGGUUCAACAAAGUAUCUGUACAGACAGUGGUAUGGGUUGCUAAUAGAGACACUCCACUGAAUGAUAAAAAUGGUAUGCUCAAUUUUACAACACAAGGAAAUCUUACUCUUGUAAAUGGUUCUGGCAGUGUGGUUUGGUCUUCCAAUACCACAAGAGGAGGCGUGCAAAAUCCAAUAGCACAGCUUCUAGAUUCAGGCAAUCUUGUUGUUAGAACUGAGAAUUCGAAUUAUGUAUGGCAGAGUUUUGACUAUCCUGGUGACACAGCUUUGCCUGGAGUUAAGAUUGGGAUCGAUCUUAAGACUGGUUUUCGUCGUUUCCUCUGGUCAUGGAAGAGCAGAAAUGACCCUUCUAAUGGUCAAUAUAGUUUCAUAUUUGAUCCUAAUGGAUUCCCACAGCCAUUUCUCAUGAACGGUUCCAUCCAACGCUUCAGGGGUGGAGCACGGAAUGGUCAAAGCUUUGCUAAUUCACCAUCUCUACUACCAAGUCCUUAUAAAUACAUAUUUGCAUCCGAUCCAGAUCAAGUAUACUUUACUUAUGAGCUCAUUGACACUUCUGCUAUUGCAAGGGUAGUGAUGCAACUAAAUGGGCUUCUAGAGCUUUCGACAUGGAAUAAUCUAACUCAGAAUUGGGAUAACUUUGGUAGCGCACCAGCAGACAACUGUGACAUUUAUGCCCAGUGUAACGCAUAUGGUUUGUGCAACAGUGGAAACUCUCCAAUCUGCAGUUGUUUGGAUAAAUUUGAACCCAAAGAUCCAACAGAAUGGGCAAAGGGAAAUUGGUCAGGUGGCUGUGUUAGAAAGACACCAAUAUUGAAUUGCCAAAAGGAAGUUAAAUUCUUAAAGUAUUCAGGGAUCAAGUUGCCAGACACUCGAUUUUCCUGGUACGAUCGAGGAGUAACUCUUAAUUCAUGUGAGGAAUUGUGCUUGAGAAACUGUUCAUGUGUGGCCUAUGCAAAACUAGACACAACAGGGACAAAUGAAGAUUGUUUGCUUUGGUUUGAUGAGCUGAUGGACAUCAGAGAGUUUGGUUCUAGUGGGCAAGAUAUCUAUAUAAAGUUGGACUCCUCUGAGACAGAGAUAAGUACAGGAAACUCCAGUAAAGAGAUAUUAAAGAAAUUGAGAAUCAGCUUGCCAUUGGCAGCAUUAAGUCUUCUCUCAGUGCUAUGCUUGAUCUUGUACAUUAGGCAUACGAAGAACAAGAAGAAGAAAGAGGAGGAGAAUCAGAAUCAACAACGUUUUAGUGAAGGAAGCUCUGAAAUGUUGUACAUUAAUAAGAGCAAAAAUGAUGAUCUAGAUUUACCAUUGUUUGAUUUUGCCACUAUCUUGGAGGCUACCAAUAACCUUUCUUUGAGCAACAAGCUUGGAGAGGGUGGUUUUGGACCUGUUUACAAGGAUAUGUAUGGUGCGCUGAAAGAUGGACAAGAAAUAGCAGUAAAGAGACUUUCAAGAUACUCUGCACAGGGAACUGAUGAGUUCAAGAAUGAGGUUAUCUUCAUUGCUAAACUCCAGCACCGGAAUCUUGUUAAGCUCCUUGGUUGCUGUAUCCAAGCAGAAGAAAAGAUGUUGGUUUAUGAGUACAUGCCAAAUAAUAGCUUGGAUUGGUUCCUUUUUGAUAGGAGGUCACUGCUUGAUUGGCCCAAGUGCUUCCAUAUUAUAAAUGGAAUUGCUCGAGGACUUCUCUAUCUUCAUCAAGACUCAAGAUUGCGAAUAAUCCACAGAGAUCUUAAACCAAGCAAUGUUUUGCUAGACAUUGAUAUGAACCCGAAGAUAUCUGACUUUGGCAUGGCAAGAAGUUUCGGAGGAAAUGAGACUGGAGCCAUGACAACAAGAGUGGUUGGAACAUACGGCUACAUGUCUCCGGAGUAUGCAGAAGAAGGGAAAUUCUCAGUGAAAUCAGAUGUUUUUAGCUUUGGAGUUGUAAUUCUGGAGAUUUUAAGCGGGACGAGAAAUAGAGGGUUCAUUCAUCCAGACCAUCACCAUAAUCUUCUAGGACAUGUGUGGAUCCACUUCAAAGAAGGAAGGGUUAUGGAAGUAAUAAAUACACAUCUAAAGGAGUUAUGCAACCUAUGUGAAGUGCAAAGAUCAGUUCAUGUAGGUCUAUUGUGUGUGCAGCAGUGUCCAGAAGAUAGGCCUAGCAUGUCAUCAGUUGUCCUGAUGUUGUCUAGCGAUGUUCCAUUGCCCUUACCUAAAGAACCUGGUUUUUUUACUAGCAGAAGCCGAUUCGGUGAAGUUAAUAGUUCAUCUAGCAAGCUUGGCGAACAUUCUGGAAAUCAAUUAAGCAUCACACUAUUGGAUGCUAGAUACUCCCUCCGUCCCUUUUUACGUUUAGAGAUUUUCCGUAAGUUGUGA